AUGCAGCUUCCAACCGCAACCAGCUAUCUGAUUCAAAGCAAUAAUCUCCUUUCCAUAUCACGUCGGAGUCUGCACACCAAUAGUGCUUUGUUUUCGGUUUGGGAAUCCACCGUCAGCAAUUAUCAUGAAGCCACUGCUAUAACGACAAUGACGACAAGAGGCAUGACCAUUAAGCGAAAAAAGGCUCGACCGAAAACCAAGGAAAGUCAAGAAAACCUUCCUCUCAUGAACGAACGUUUGGUCAAGGCGAUUAUGAAGAAAUCCAGAGCAUCGGAUCCCAAAUCGGUCAAACUGCGGUUGGUGGUGGAGAUGGGCGGUGAUACCCCCCCAACGUCGCAAGAAACAACCUUGUCGGGUGCCAUUACUAUAUCCGUGGAUCACGGUCUGGAUUUGGUAGAAAUCAAUUUGAACGGUCUCGAUUUGCCAGUGGUACGAGCGGUACAGUACGAAGCCAAAAUGUAUCGAGCCAACAAGGAAAAGGCGGCCAAAGUCAAGGCCAAUGCCGAUAGUAGCAUUGUCAAGGAAUUCCGAUUCCGGGCCAAAACGGCGGACCAUGAUUUGCAACGGAAACUGGGUCGCGUUCAGGAAGCUUUGGAAAAGGGACAAAGAUGCAAAUUAUCCUGCACUUGUGCUAGCCGAAUGAUUCGAAAUAAUCAAGAGCCACUGGGAGCAGCAGCCGUCAUUGACCGGAUUUUACAAGAACUAGAAUCUGUUGGUGAUCCUGUGAGUCCACCGACCGUCAACAAGGAAAAGACUCAUGGAACCGUGACCAUUGCGCCCAAGCAAAAGAAAAAAGGAUAG